UUCUGAACAUUUUUCACUCUUUCAGAGGUCAAAAGCCUCUAAGAAAAUUGCACUCAGUAAAAAAAUUAGAAUCUACACGACUAAAAUCAUAAAGAAAAUCUGCCAAUCGCCCGAAAUGCCGGUAUCAUAAUACUACAGUGACUUCGGAAACGACGAGUCAUGACGAAGGAUGAACAAUGACGUCAUUAUAGAAUUAAAUGUACGUAUAUGAUUUUGGGAAGAAUGUAAACAAACAUUACAUAGCGUUUUCUGUCUUUUUUGCCAAGAACGAAAUAGAAAUUACGUUAUCUUUGCAUGGAAUAUCAGUACUAAAGCGGCUUCAGAGGUUGAGUCAGUAAGUGUACAUUGUAAUCAAUGGAGGAACAAGAAUACGUUGAAACUCAAAGUCGGUGGGUAAUUAUGGCCAUAUAAAUUCUUCAAGCGUUAAAAGUUAAAACCAAACCAACCAGCGAAAAUUGAAAAAUGAACUCCUUGCUCUCUCCAAACUAUAGAAUUACAUCAAAGCUUCCAAGUUGGUAUUCCAAUUGGUUUCGAUGGCGUCCAACAUCCGAUGAACUGCUCAGGGACGCUGAAGCUAGAAUUUUGAAAAAAUUGGAUGUGCCUUACAAGGCACGUUAUGUGACAACCUCACAGCAAGAAAAGAUAUGGACAGUGUCAUUCAAUCCAGAAGGAACGAAGACCCCAAUUUUAAUGAUACAUGGUUUUGGUGCUGGUCUUGGUAUGUGGGCGUUGAAUAUAAAAGAGCUGUCAAAAGACCGCCCCGUACACACCUUUGACGUGCUGGGUUUUGCUCGGAGCUCUCGGCCGUCCUUUGAUGGCGAGGCAGAGGCGGUUGAAGAGACAUUUAUCAACUCAAUUGAAGACACAAGAAAAGAAUUAGGCCUGGAGAAGUUUAUUUUAUUUGGGCAUAGUUUUGGUGGAUAUUUAGCUUACGCUUAUACCAUUAAACAUCAAGAGCAAGUGAAAUCACUGAUCCUUGCUGAUCCCUGGGGGUUUUCUGAAAAACCAGAGGAUUGGGAUAGCAAUGUUUCCAUUCCAAUAUGGAUCAAACUUGUGGUGAACAUAAUGCAAAAAUUUAAUCCAUUUUCUGGGAUUAGGGUUGCUGGACCAUUAGGUCCAUCGCUUGUGCGAAGAUUUCGUCCGGACUUGGAGAGAAAGUUCUCAAGUCUUUUCGACGAUGAUACAAUACUUAAUUAUAUCUAUCACUGCAAUGCUCAAAAGCCAAGUGGUGAGGUUGCAUUCAAGAAAUUAGUUCUACCUUAUGGUUGGGCCAAGUUCCCCAUGAUUCACCGAAUGAAAUACAUCAAUGCGCAAAUUAAAGUUACCAUGUUGUUUGGUUCACAUUCCUGGAUAGACAACUCAAUGACUGAACAAAUGGUGAAAGAACAUCCAAAUCAAUUCAGUACUUACACAAUUAGUGGUGCUGGUCACCAUGUAUAUGCUGACCAACCUCAGUAUUUUAACAGUGUGAUGACAGGAAUUUGUGAGUCCUUUGACAAGCAAUUCGAUUUAACAAUAGAAGGGGAAUAGGUCGUUGAAUACAUGUAAAUAGUGUAGAUAGAAUAUUACAAUUCCAUUUUAUAAUAAGAUAUAUAUUUGAAUCAAGGACACAAUAUAUGGAAGUCAAAAUUGCUCAGAUCUUAUAUAUUCUUAUAACGAAAUUAAUCAAUUGCCAGUAAUUCAAUGUAUAUACUUUGACCAAUCGAAUUUGUUGUAAACUAGGCUAGAUUGUAAAUAAAGAAUUGCUUCGUAAAAGAAUGUCAGAUAUCACAAAAACUCUU